AUGUCGCAACGAAGCUCUCAAGAAUGCUCCGAUCAGAGGUGCCGAUGGCAGCCCAGCGCAGGUUGUAGCCUCCGUCGCCAUAUCUUCUACCAUCACGGACCGCCAGGCCGGGCGCCCUGCGGAAGAUAUCAUAUCAACACUGGCCACUACCUUGAACGCCACAAGGAGUCCUGCGUCGAUUGCAAGAGCAUGAGAGCAGCUGCAGAAGCCCUCAUGCCUUCCGUUGAACAUGACGGCGGUGACGAUCCCGAGGGCGCUCCUGAGGGCAACCACCGAGCUCUCUCCGUCCACAAUGGCGGGAUCAUCAUUCAUGGCUCAAACUACGGAAAGAUCUCCCUGAAAAUCAAAUGCGGUUCUCUGGCCUGCGCUGGCGGCCAGACGAGCUAG